ACCGACUACCGAGAGCGAGUAUGAAUUGAGAGGUCGGCCGAAAAGUAAAACACAUGUCCGAGAAAUUCUGGUAAUGUGAUAAUAGUUCCAGCUGGUGCGGACUGCAUAGUGGUAUCUUCGAUAUUCUCUGGUUCGCUUAUUCCUAGUAUAUAUACGUAUACUUUCAAUAAGUCAAGACUAGCAUAUUCACAUCAAAACAUAUUCAUUGGUUUUUGUAACUAUCCGACCUAUCCCUUGUGUUCACAGAAACACAUACACCCACCAUUCAACACUUUAACAACGAAGAAACUAUCGAAUAUUUCAGUAUGGCUGUGCGUGGUCAGUUCGAAAACAGUAAUGAAGUCGGAGUUUUCUCCAAGCUCACAAACUCAUACUGCCUAGUAGCUCUAGGAGGUAGUGAGAGUUUCUACUCAGUGUUUGAGGGCGAACUAGGGGAUAUUCCCAACUUUCCGAUUAUCCACUGCUCCAUUGCCGGAACCAGAAUCAUCGGCCGAUUGUGCGCCGGAAACCGACACGGCCUAUUGGUUCCCAGCACAACCACAGACGGCGAGUUGCAGUUCUUAAGGAAUUCGCUUCCCGAUGGAGUCAAGUUACAGCGUGUGGAGGAACGCCUGUCUGCCUUGGGAAAUGUGAUUGCUUGUAAUGACUAUGUGGCACUGGUACACCCGGAUCUGGACAGAGAAACAGAGGAGAUUAUUGCCGAUGUGCUUAAUGUAGAGGUAUUCAGACAAACAGUAGCCGAGCACGUGCUCGUAGGCAGUUAUUGUCAGUUCAGUAAUCAGGGCGGUAUGGUCCACCCCAGUACCACCGUUCAAGACCUCGAGGAGUUGUCCUCGCUCUUACAAGUACCCUUAGUCGCCGGUACGAUCAACCGUGGUAGUGAUGUGCUGGGUGCUGGUAUGGUAGUCAACGAUUGGGUGGCCUUCUGUGGCAUGGAUACGACGGCCACCGAGCUGUCGGUAGUGGAGAGCAUCUACAAACUGAACGACGCCGCUGGACCUGGACGUGUGGCGAAUGAGAUGAGAGAUUCAUUAAUCGAUUCAGUACAACCGUGGACCAACAACCGAUAAAAAUAGUCAUUAAAUGGAUCUGCUCUAAUUUUGUUUGUGGUUUAUUGAGCUUCAAUACGGACUUGAAAGAGUUCUUCUUCACCCUAUUCAUAUUUUUCUAUAUAUUGACGUUGUACUGCACGUGUUGAUUCAAGACUCGGAUGCGAUUAAAUAUUUAUUUCAACUAGUGGUAAAUAAAUUGCUAAAUAGGAUGUACAUAUUCCUACAUG